AUGUCCCAAAUCCUUCUUAUUGAUUCUUAUGACUCGUUCACUCAUAAUCUCCGAGCAUUGAUCUCGAAAACAAUUCCUGAUGCGCAUAUUCACACCAUAUACAAUGACUGUGUCCCGGUGCAACAGUUUAAAGAGUCUUUCGCCGCCCACAUUGCCUCAAAUUACGAUUGUAUUAUAAUUGGUCCUGGUCCUGGCGACCCUAAUGAUCGUAACGAUACCCUUGGAAUAGUAGAUGCCGUCGUCAGUGAUAAAACUUUGCAAAACGUCCCAAUGUUGGGGAUUUGCCUCGGUUGGCAAGCUAUGGGGUUGGCAGGAAUGGCUGAAGUCGAGCGUUUGAAAGAUGUGAAGCACGGCCAAAUUGCCCAAGUAUUCAAGUACGAAAAACAUAAUAUUGUAAAACAGGUGAAAUUAAAGAGUGCUGAUACCAAGGGUGAGAAUAGUAUUGUUUUAGAAGAGUCGUCAAUUUCUGAAAUAUUUGAGGAUAUUGAUGCUCAAGCGCUUGUCAGCGACGAGUUAUUAAAGGACAUUCCUACAGGGUUCAACUCUGUCAGAUAUCACUCUCUUCAUGUUGUUCUUCCCUCAGAAAUCCAAUCUUGUGAUAUUUUACCAUUGGCGUUCACCAUUGAUCCCGAACUUUGUAACGGGCAUGUCUUAAUGGCAGGCAAACACAAAGCUAGACCAUUUUAUGGGGUGCAGUACCAUCCUGAAUCAAUUUGUUCGGAAUAUGGAGGCAAAUUGAUUGAAAACUUUUAUAAGUUUUCCCAAAAGUGGAACAAACUCCGUGGAAGAAAUAUUACAGGCGAAACUGAUGGCAGCGGGAAAGAAUUUGAAAAGUUAUUUGUGAACUCCUCCCUUAGAGAAGAUGAGGAUAUUAAUCAUGAAUUUCCAGGAACAAAGGCCGUCAUUGAUGAAUCCAUUGCCUUCGAAGAAAUUAUUAGACGCAAAUACAGUGAGGAUGCUAUCCAAUUCAUAAAACUCGACAUCCCAGUAACAAACGAAGACAAACAAAGACAUACGGCCAUUGAAUUGAUUGAUUCUCUAAAAAAACAACAAACUCAAAGAGAAGACUAUUUUCUAUUGAGUUCGUCAGCUGAGCCUAAAAGCUGGUCAAUUAUCGGGGUUGCCGAGCCCAAAAAGUCAUUAGAAAUCACUUGGUCAUUGAAUGACUCCUCUCAUGUGGGGCUAAAUUGGUGGACUAGUUCGGGAAAUAAUGAGAAACCAUACAACUUUCCCCUCAAUGGUGGGUCUAUAUGGACUUUCUUGCAGAACUUUAUGUCAAACAAACUCAUUUUGGGGUCUCAUAAGUUGAGGCUUCCAUUUAUUGGUGGUUUGAUUGGUAGUAUAUCGUAUGAAAGUGGUCAAUAUAUCGAUGUCGAUUUAGUCAGGAAACAGAGACAGCAGGCUGGAACAAAAACUCCCGAUAUCAAAAUGAUUUUUGUUGAAAGAUCAAUUAUUUAUAAUGAACAAACAGGAGAAUUGUAUAUCAUCUCUUUAAAGUCAAAUGAUCAAGAUUGGCUUAAGCGAACUUCUGAAUCAGUUGACACUUUUUCUAACGACUCUAAACAAGGACUGGCAUCUACUGCCUGGCCACUUAGUAUUUCUGAUAUCCUCAAAUCAUCGCAUGAUCCUCAAGAUAUUAUCAUCAGGAAACCUUCGCAGACCAAUUACAUGUCAUUAUUCCACAAAUGUCAAGAGUACCUUCAUGCAGGGGACUCUUAUGAACUUUGCCUUUGUACUCCAACCACGAUUUCUUUCCCACAUGGCAUUGAUCCUUGGGAAUUAUACAAGCUUGUCACUCUUCGGAACCCUGCCCCACAUUCUGGUUUCCUUCAAUUUGGUGAUAUGACAUUGGUUUCCUCAUCUCCUGAACGGUUUUUCAGCUGGAAAAAUGACUAUGAUCGUGGUACUGAAGUCAACAAAGACUUCAUUAAAGUUGGACAAUUGAGACCAAUCAAAGGUACAUUAAGAAAAAGGGAAGGAUUGACCAGAGACCAAGCCCAAGAAUUAUUGAAUGACCCUAAAGAGUUGGGGGAAAAUUUGAUGAUUGUUGAUUUAAUCCGUCAUGACUUGUAUAGUCAUUGCGACUCGGAUAACAACAAUAAUGACUGUUCCACCAUGGCCAAGGUCACAAAUGUCAGGGUUCCAAAAUUGAUGAUCAUGGAAGAGUACAAAACCGUGUAUCAAUUAGUUUCGGUGAUCGAGUGUGACAUUCUCAGUCCAACCAAUCAUUUAGCUUCCCGGGUUUCUAGAGGGUUUCAAAUCUUAUCCACUUCGCUCCCGCCAGGAUCCAUGACUGGGGCCCCAAAAAAACGCUCGGUACAGCUCUUACAAAACGAUCUUGAAUCUUCUUAUGGUCAAAGAGGCAUCUAUAGUGGGGUUUUUGGGUAUUGGUCGAUGGAUGACCAAGCUGAUUGGAGUGUGGUUAUCAGAUCGAUGUUCUCAUACGACAAAGGUUUGAAAGAUUGGAGAAUUGGUGCAGGAGGAGCUAUCACGGUACUAAGUACCGAUAUUGGUGAAUGGGAAGAAAUGAAUGUGAAAUUAGAUAGUAUUUUACAAAUAUUUAAGUGA